AUGUCGACGCCGCACGUCAAUGGCCACGUCGCCUUCGAUACCAUCCCCGAUGCCGUUGAAGCAUUCGGUAUGACCUCUCCCACUCCCACCUCAGCCGAAUCUAGACAACCCUCCCACUAACGAUACCGUCCGUCGUGCUCCAGCACAGGGCAACUUCAUUCUCGUAAUGGACAGCACCUCGCGCGAGAACGAAGGCGACCUCAUCAUCGCCGCCUCCGACCUGACGCCCGAAAAGGCAGCCUUCAUGAUCCGCUACUCGUCCGGCUACAUCUGCGCGCCCAUCACGCCCUCCCUCGCCGCCAAACUCGAACUCCCCCAGAUGGUCACCCAGAACUCCGACCCCAACCGCACCGCCUACACCAUCACCAUCGACGCCUCCGAAGGCGUAACCACGGGCAUCUCCGCCCACGACCGCGCCCUGACCUGCCGUCGGCUCGCGGACCCGAAAACGCAGACCAAGGAGUCUUUCCGGAGACCGGGCCAUAUCGUGCCCCUGCAGGCGAGGGAAGGGGGCGUGAGAGCACGACAGGGCCAUACCGAAGCGGCGGUGGAUUUCUGUAAACUAGCGGGCAAGGAGCCCGUGGCGGUGAUUGCGGAAAUGGUCGAAGAUGGAGAGGAAGUGCCCGGAACGGCGGAACUGAGGGGCCAGAUUGGCAUGAUGCGACGGGAUGGAUGUUUGGCUUUCGCGAGGCGGUUUGGCUUGAAAGUGGUGACGAUUGAGGAUCUGGUGCAGUAUUUGAAUGAACAUGUCGGGGGAAUGAAGGGUUGA